UAAGACAACAUUACCAGAUACAGACAACAUGGAGUAUCUAACCAGGCCAGAACACUGGAUGGUGAUUUGAAUUCUAAUUAUUUGGUUUAGAUUCAAGUUUCUAAAAUUUGAUUUUUAAAUUAAGAGGCUUGUUGUGGUGAUUGUGUGGUACUCUAACCUAUUGGUGAGCGGAGCUUGUUACACACAUGGAAUAGUUUGAAGUGGAGUUACAUUGGAAACAGCAUGGGAUUUAACAUACAAAGUCCUGAUGAAUGUUGAGAUAUGUUAAAGUUGAUAGCACCAAGUGUGUGGAGACGCUAACGAUUGGCCAUGUUACGGGUGUACACCCCCGCGUCGUCACAUCCCACGACAACCGGAAGGAGUCCGCUCACACGUCAAUCACACGCUGACGGCCUCAGACGGCAGAUCGUUGACAUGGUCCAACAGCAGGGCCUGACCACUGCUUUACCGGACACAAUCGGACAGGCCUCUGGACAGACAGAUCCGGCAGACCAGCCAUCGGAACCCGUACCUACACCGGAACCGACCACUGUCAUUUAUCAAAUAAGGAAAAAAGGUGGUAUCGCAAGUACCAAACAAUCAGACGACAAGACCGAUAAGAAAAACGACAAUUUAAAGAAGAUUCAUCUGAAAAUUUUACGUGAGACUAGAGGUCGAGGGUCGCGUUCAUUCCCCGCUAUUGACGAUCAGUUCCGGGAAAGUUCUGGAAAUGACGAAAAUCGAAAGGAUCCGUUUAAGCGGCCAAAAACAAUAGCAGCUGGGGACACUAAGCCGGGUGCUGUUCCAAAAGUUUCCUUCAAGUUAAAUGAGAGUAAACAGCCCUUAAUGGAAUCAUCUACAUCCGGCAUGCAAUCGAAUGUGAAUAAUUCUAUGGAUUCAAAGUAUGAAAUUCGUGGCAGCGCGAUCCGGUCUAGCCGGAACAACAAAUCUGCGCCUGCGUUUCGCUCAUCGGAAGCUUCAAAACGACACAUGACAAUUCAUACGUCACUACAACUGUUUAAACGGAAGUUAAAAAUGAACCACCCUGAUAGCUAUGUACAGCCGAAUGUAAGCACGAACGAUUCGGAUUACGUCAUAAGGAGGGUGCCUCUAAAGUAUGACAGGACGGGUGGGCGGAUAAACUCCAUAACCUCUCCCUCCCCACUGGAGCCUCGACUUCAAGUCAUGACUUCCGUUCCACGGCGUUCAAAAACACCUGUCAACCAGUUAAAUGCUAUGGCGACAGGUACGCUUCUGAGCCGGCCCACAAGCGGAACGGAAACAAGUCAAGUUGGAGAGGAAAAGAAAAUCCGAUGUUCGUACCGGCUUCCAGAUAACUUUAACUGGAGCAAAGAAGUGUCUUUUCGGGACGACACAGAGAUGAUUCCGAACGUCAACACGUAUGUCGUAGAACAAGGUCUAAAAAAGGCGACCCGAAAGUACGACGGUCACGCGACACUUAGCACCCACAAUCUUGACGUUCAUAACGCUCUGACUUCAAACAAUGACCGCAAGGUAAAACUAGGCGAGAGCGAAGAGGAAUUUGACCCACGAUUCGCUCGAUGGUUAGAGGAGUCUAAUAUGACAUAUAAACCUAAUGCGCGCGCACACUCCUCUCCGGGCAUCCGCCUACAUCCGUCUGAACUAGACGUACACGAAGCAGACAAUACUCACUUGCCAAAUGAAGAGAUCAGGUGUAAAACACCUUUCCCAGACAAGUCCACUUCAAAUUGAGUCUAGGUCGACAGCGCAUGUGUUUGUUUACCGAGAACUCUUUCGACAUGGACACCUUCCCGGUGAUGCUGAUUCGGGCCUGUUUGUCCGAACAGUUUUAUUCAGGUAACGAUGCGUCAGUUUAAGUGGGUCGCUAUCGUACAUCUGUGCCUCAUGUUCAUCGCCAUUUCUAGGAUGAAGAACGUCAUCGUUUUGUUCACUCAAUGCUAUAUAAUUAAAGUUGCAGGCUUUUUUUGAGGAGACAGAAAGGAUAUGUUAUUUUGGUAAAAUUAAAUGUAUUUGUUAUGAUAUGUGAUAUCACUGUCAUGGAGUACGUACGGAGAAGUUUUGACAUUUUCUGUUUUGUUAAAUGUAUCGGCAUCGACAGCAUUGUUGUCUAAUGCUUUAUUUUCGCGUGAAUUGAUCACUUAUGAAUGUUUAACUAAACUUAAUGCUAUUUGAUAUUCUUAAUGAAGUUAGCGUAUAUUAUUUUUUGCAAGGAUAUCUGAGUUGUCUCCCUUGGCACGGGUAUCCAAUGUUUCAUACUGCCAAUGUCAAUCUACGCAAAUCAAACACAAUGGCUUGGGGCAAACUUUUAUUUUUGAUAAUGUCUACAUCGGGUUUUAUUUUCUUUUGAUAAUAUAGGUUCCCGAAAACACUUGUUAAUCUCAAUAAUUCAUCCCAUUGUAGACAAGUAAACAUAAGGUUUGACAUAACUAACUAGGAACAAGGGUUCUUUGGUAGAUUUGACAUGGAAAUAAAGGACACAGGUAAGGUUCUAAUGAGGGAAUCCUUGGUGUCAAUAGGAGUAAACAACAAAGGCCUUAAACCAACAGAUCAUGCUGAAGUAAAACUUAUAUGUAUUUAAGUACAGGUGUGACAUGUAAAACUUGUAUGUAUGUAAAUAUUUCAUUAAACAUAUUCCAUUGUGUAUUAUAUAUAUUGUUUUGCUUGAUAGUCCAUAUAUUUGUAUUACAAAUCAAGAGUCAUUGAAUAAAGAGUUAUUCAGGUCCA